CGGGACGUGAGUUAUUUCCAGCUGUGACGUCAUCAUUAACUUGAUCUGAGCAAUUCACCGUGAAUUAAUACCCGUAUGAAGUCGGUCACAGAUCACUUUCUGUGUCUAACGGGAAGGAAAUUGACAUGAGAAAACUCCCACUCAAAAGCGACCGGACUGACAAAUAUACAAUGCAGCCAAAAAGACGAGUCAAAUGAGGCCACUAUCAUGGAAAAAGCCGUGAGGUUCGAGAAUAAGGAGGACUCUGAAGACGACGAAACUGCUGUCAGACAGAGCCGCUCAAAGCAUCAAAGCAGUCACACAAGUACACGCACAGAGGGUAACAGAAAACAUGAAAGAGACAAUUCUAGUGAUAGCAUAGAAUCUUUGGCAAAAUGGAGAACUGUCUCAAAACAAAUUAGAAAUGUUGUCUUGGUAAAGAACUCUGUGAAGCCUUCUCGCUCUCGAAAGCGUUCGGCUACUGUGAAGUCGCCAGCCACCAUGGACCCAUUCCUUCAGAAAUUUAGCACACGGGAUAAUCGAAAGAUAACUCCACCAAACAGAAAAAGAACGCGAAUUUCCAAGAAAAGCUCUUCUUCGCCUGGCGUUUUGUCAAACGCAACCUCUGCACAAGAACCUCGACGACCACGGCUUUCUAUAGAAAUCGAAAAAGAGCUCGAUAGCGAGUUAGCUAGUGGUUCUGUUUACGAAUAUGACCAAGCAGUUCAUUGGAAAGACAAGAAUUUUAUUUUUGACCCGGAUGGGCUACACAUUUGCGUCUGGUUUUAUGUUCUUGUGUUUGCAAUUCGGUACAAUUUAUGGGCCUUGAUUACCAGGAUCGCUUUUCCUGCCGCUCAGAGCGGUUUUUUAAAGAUAGUGUGGUAUCUCUUUGAUUAUUUUUGCGAUGCAAUUUACGUUUUGGACGUCGUUAUUGCUGCAAGAACAGGUUUCCUAGAGGAAGGCAUUCUAGUCAUAGAUACAAAACGAGUGUAUAUGCGGUACAUUCGCUCUGUGGAGUUCAUUGCCGAUGUGGUGUCGUUGAUUCCAACUGAUAUUUUAUAUGCAACAUUAGGACCUCUUCCGCUUCUAAGAAUCAACCGCAUUGUCAAAGGAUAUAAGAGUUUUCGUAUCAAAGCUGUUAUGGAGUCACAAGCAAAUUAUCCUACUUUCUUACGCGUGUUCUUUCUCAUGCAUCUCAUGUUCCUUCUUAUUCAUUGGAACGCUGCGUUCUAUUUCAUGAUUUCCAGAGCGGAGGGAUUUGGGACGAAUGAGUGGGUUUAUCAAGGCAAUGGUUCCUUGUAUCAGCAAUAUCUACAGUCAUUUUACUGGUCUACAUUAACUCUAACUGCGAUAGGAGAUUUGCCGCAGCCGACUACAAAUCUCGAAUAUGUUUACACAAUCGCGUGCUACUUGACUGGUGUUUUCAUGUUUGCGACCAUCGUAGGUAAUGCAGGAAGCAUUAUUGUGAACAGAAAUGCGGUGAGAAUGGAUUUCGAAAAGCAAAGAGAAAAUACCAAACAGUACAUGAAGAAACACAACGUGCCUAAAGACUUGCAGAGGAGAGUGGUGAUGUGGUAUGACUACUCAUGGGCUAGAGGUAGAAUGAGUACCGGUGGAGGAGACCUUAAUUCUCUGACGUUACUACCAAGUAAACUGAAGACUGAGAUUGCUCUUCACGUUAAUCUUGAAACGCUUCGAAAGGUGACGUUCUUGCAAAAGUGCCAGCCAGAAUUUCUCCAUCUCCUUGUCCUUCAAAUGAAGUUGCGAAUAUUCACCCCUGGAGACCUCGUUUGCAGGAAAGGCGAGGUCGCACGAGAGAUGUACGUCAUAAUCGAUGGAAAGAUCGAGGUGAUAGGGGAUCAAGGCCAAGUCCUUAAAGUCUUAUCUGGAGGGGACUUCUUUGGUGAGAUUGGAAUUCUCAGCUUGAGCGAAGGCCAAAAUAGACGAACAGCCGAUGUUAGGACAGUAGGAUAUGUGGAAUGUUUUGUUCUUGCAAAGGAAGAUGUGCUGUCUGCCAUCCGGGAUUACCCUGAGGCACAGGCUGUGCUUGCUGACUAUGGAAAAAAACGUUUGGAACGUCAAAACAGCUCACACGAUCCGCGCUUCGUGGACAUGGACGACAGUAAAGGCAGAGACUUGGACGCUUAUGAUCUCAUAAACCAUCAAAAAGCUGAAGAGUUUCAAAGCAAACUGACAACAAAAUCCGUUCCCAACGGACUUUGUAGACGAACAAGUGCAAGCUUUUCACCACUCGAGCGAGCCCCUCAACCAUCACCUCGAGCGGUCCUGGAGCCGAUUCCUUUGGCUAAAUUAAGCAGAUCUACGCGACUCUCGAGCGAAGUGGAAAUACAGUCUGCGGAAUCAUGUAACAGAAACGUUUUAGAAGCGCCAUGCAGUAGCGACGAGCUUGUGAAAACGCUGUUUCAUGAUUCGUACAUGGAAGCUUUGAACUUUCUCAAGAAAAAUUUUGACGAGAACCUAGCAAAAGAAAUGACGGAUGUUCGCAAAUCCCUAAAAAGUAGCGAAGAAUCUAAUAGACUAAAAGACGUUGACAUCUCUCACCUCAACACCCGUCUAUCAAACAUGGAGAAAGAACUUGAAAAGUGGAAAAUUCGAGUAAAAGAGCUUGAGUCAGAAAACUUUAUCAAAGAUCAGACUAUCAAACAGCUUCGGGAAGAGUCUGAGGUAAGGAUAAUGAAAUCAGGUUCAAGGGAACGUCGUCUACCCCUUCGCCUGAAAUUUCUCUAUCCAACUUUCUUCCAUUUUAAAAAUCCUAGACCAGGACGCUCGCACUGCAGGCUAGACACGUGGGGUUUUAAUUUCCAUUUUACAUCGAAACUUCAAAACUGAUCAGUCUUCCCAAUGUUAGGUCAGUUCUCCAAAGGCCAUUUUGUUUGUUUUCGUGGAUGAGAGAUAGCCGGUCAUCUGACUUAGAGGGCAUUACAAUGUGUGCUCUUUGUUUGAACGUUGUCUGUUUGGACUCAGCGCACUGUGGUUGGACCACGUAAUAAAAUGAUGUUUCUUACCUUCCAUCAUUCUAGCUUCCAGGACGCCCCGUAAAUGUACUGAGAAGAGACAAACAUGUUAUGGAUCUGUAAGUUAUCAUAGUGUUCUGUUCCAGUGUCACUGCGCACUUGCACAGAAAGGCACCGAGAAAGCCAGCUAUGGUAACGCACAACUUGAACACAUGCACGUCACUGGAUUACAGUAUCACUGUUUAUCGUGGUAUUGGUCGCAAUUAGAACAAUUAAGACCUCAAACACUUUGAUUCGAAUAAAGUAGGCUGCUUUUCAGUUACAUCUUUCAUACACUACUGUGUGUCAAUCUUUUAGGAUAGGGAGCUCAUGUCAUCAAGAUCAAGAACUAUGAGCAGCACAGUGAGCUCGUCGUCUCUAAUGGACAUGGAAAGAUCAACAACUACCUAUUGCUGACAGAAAUUGUGCAGCUACUAAGAGAACACCAGAAUUAAUCUGGGGAUUUGGGAUGGCAGACAAAAUGUUAUGAAUUUUGAGAUUGGGCUCAGAAUUAUAUACAGCUGUACUUUUGACAUGGCAGCUAGGCGUUAAGCGUUAACCCAUUACACAGCUGGCUAUCCACAUCGAGAUUGCUCACCAUAAUCUGCCUUGCAGUUACAAAAAGAUGUAUGGCCGCCAUUGUUCCAAGAGCAGUGCAUGGCAAUGAUCUGACGUAACUAGUAACAUUAUGAUAUGGUAAUCAUUUUAACAACUAUUAACAGCCAUUUUGUAAUCGCACUAUAAUCAUUUUGAAAGAAUAUUUGGAUCAAAUAUACCUCUUAUAUCUUUUUUACCAUCAUCUCAGAGCUCUACAAAGAGAUACUAUAACAGAAUCAUUAAGUCUGACGCAUUCAUUCAUCGCAAACGUGCGAAUUGACAACUUUAUUAAUGUGCAUUUUGCCAAAAAAAAAAAGAACAUCACUAAUUCAUCUAGGAGAAUUGACUUGAUAAUUUUGUAACUUUGGUAAAUCCUCCAGAAACCAUGUGACCACUUCAAUCUAAAUCAAUGAAAAGGUAACUUAAAAUCAUAGCUCCAUUUUGAGAUUUUGCUUAGGGUUAAGGUUAACGUUAACCUAAGCUAUCGAAAACUUUCUUCAGAUGUACUGAAAUUCGAUUACGGAUGAAUCUUGCUUAGCAAGCCACGGUCAGCCUCUUGGCAUAACAAAGCCAAGAUUUCUCCUCCUUUUCUCAUAUCUUGGUAGCUAAUGCAAGGCAUUCUUAUAUUUGAACGUUAGGUUAGUGUUUGUAAUCUCAGAACUUGGUAAGGAUUAACUUAUUGUUAUGCUUUCUGAUGACGGGGAUAAAAAGAGCAUGGUUUUCUAGAGCCUUCAUUUCCUAUAUCAAAUAUAAGAAAUUAUUUCAUGAUUCCUCGAUGGAGAAAAAAUGAAGAAUAACAGAAACCAACGAUAAAAGAAUCCGAACACCAGAAACUGGUGCACAAAGAAGUAGAUAAUAUUUAUACGGAAAGACAUUGUUUUUAUACCGCUAGAGUUACUAUUAUCAAAACCUAUUAUGCAGAUUUUAUGUUGACGGAAAAUGUCACUUUGUUCAGUAUAGCUUGAACCAUCAUUGUCCAGCAUGCCUUAUGAUGCCAAAUGAGAUAUUUAGUAUUAUAUAAGGCUAACAAUGAGGAUGCCUAUAUCUUAUUGGAGUAAUUUUACCAAUAAAAUUGACUGCCAAUGACA